UCGUCGCGUCACGCCCGAUACGACCAAUACCCGAAAGUCUUCUUGUACACGCGCAUCGCCGAACGAGCCAUCCGUUUCCUUCUCCUCGUAUCGCCCUGUUUUAAUCGCACUUUCUCCAUCGACCGGCCCGCCUCCGCCAUGCCGAGCGCCACCUCGCCGAGCGGCCGCGCCGGAAGGAGGUGGUGCGCGCGCGGGGACCUCCUCACGCUCGCCGUCGCCGCGAUGCUCUGCUCCGCGACCUACUGCUUCUCGAUAUGGCACAACGGACGCAACGCGCCGGACAAGAUCGUCAUCAUCGGCCAGGCCUCGUUCGUCGCCGCCGGCGCCGCACGGUGCGUGGGCGACGCGGACACCGUCGAGCUCGACUUCGAGGCGCACCACACCGCGGAGAGGGCUGGGCUCUCCGUGUCGUCGUCGACGGCGGCGCCGGCGACGGUUGCAGGUCGGCGGGCAUUGCGCUCGGCGGCGGAGCCCGUGGACACGGUGCACCACGGCGCGGUGAACGGCGACGGGUGGGCGCGCCUCGACGGCGGCAAGCUCCGGUUCACAUACGAUGGCGCCGUGCGCGUGUAGGCCGGCCGGCGCCAUCUUCCGGCUAGCGACGGCGUCUUCCACUACUCCCGGUGUAGCGGUUCUCGGAGACGUGGUUGUCAGUUUCAUUUGGAAGUUAGUGAGUUACUCUUACUCAAUUCCAGUCCAAUUCUGUCCAAUUCUGUCCAAUUUCGUAUGGAUGUAAAAUGAUUCGAGGAGAUUUUCGCGAAAUAUGAGCGACGUGAUUGGGACUGGUUGGAGUUUUA